AUGAUUACCGAUCCUAACAACGUGUCAGCAGUUAUUGAGAAGUCUGCUGAGAUGCUAAACUCGGUUCUGGCUACCAAUUUGACGGGCGAUAUUUUGGAACAAACCACGACUCUGAUGAGCACCCUCGAUUCUGAUGCAUCACCACUUCAUUGCUUCUCAUGUCAUCCAAAACUUUAUUUCAUUGUAUUCGGACUUGUUUUUCUGAGCAUAAUCUGUUCCGGUGUCAUCGGUAAUGUGUUCAUCGUAUUCGUUAUCAUAAUGGAUCGGAAGUUGAUGAGUUCUUCCGUAAACCAGUUUUUGCUCAACCUUGCCAUUGCUGAUCUUGGAAACUUGAUUUUCUGCUCACCGGACGCAAUACUGGUACUGAUUGACCGUGGAUGGUUGUUACCAAGUUUCGCUUGUCACGUUCUGCGUUUUCUUCAAGAAUAUUUCCUUUAUGCCAGUGUUCUUCUUCAGAUGGCAAUUGGAGUUGAAAGGUUUCUGGCGAUUUGCUCACCGAUGAGAAUGCAACGAUUCUCCACUAAGACAACGAUUUCGGUGCUCGCCGGUGUUUGGUGUGUUGCCGCUUGUUUUGCAUCCCCCUACUUUUUAUACCAAGGCAUCAUUUUCCACAAGUUUUAUUUCUGUUUCUGGAAAGGAAUCUCCCAUAAAACUAGAAUGUACUUCAAAUACUGCGAGUUGAUUGUUCUUUAUGCGAUACCACUCGUUUUUCUAACCGUUCUCUAUUCCAUCAUGUGUCGUGUUCUCUGGGGAAAGGAAGGUGGUAACCACAAUAUUGCUAACCACAGCCAACAAGAAGCUAUUCUUAAACUCCGUCGAUCAGUUGUCAAAAUGCUCAUAAUCUCAAUGCUUCUAUAUUUCCUCUGCUACACUCCAAUUCAAGUAUUGUUUAUGAUUGAAAAAUUAUUGGAUUACAACGUUCAGCUUCCACAAUGGCUGCGCCUGUUACUCAACGUACUUUCAGUGAUGAGUUCCUCCACCAAUCCCAUCGUCUACAUCAUCUGUUGCCGUCACUUCCGCCUACGCCUCCGCGACGCUGCCGCCGCAUUGUCCGCCUUCUGCUGCUGGUUGUUCCCGUCGUUCACUAAAUCGGAAUAUGAAUGUGUCGAUGAAACAAUGACCACAAAGCUCUCCCGUUCUCCGUAUGUCUCGUUUCGCAGCUCUCGCCGCCAGAAUUCACGUGCAAACCUUUCAACGCUUCUUUGA